CAGAGGUGGAUAUGUCAAUGGCUGUGCUUUCUCCAAUACUGGCGGUCUGGUUAAAAGAGGCUAAAAGGAACUGAGAAAGAGGAAGACAUGUCCAUUUCAUGAGAUUCUCAUCAAGGAGGGAGAUGUCGAUGGCUGUCCUUGCUCUAAUCUCAGUUCUUUCUCUCAGUGUCCCCUCAGCAGCUGUUGCUGCCCAGAUCAGGCUGGUGAACGGGGACAGUCGGUGCUCAGGUCGAGUGGAGGUGUAUCACUAUAACCAGUGGGGAACUGUGUGUGAUGAUAUCUGGGGCAUGAGUCAUGCUGAGGUGGUGUGCAGACAGCUGGGGUGUGGCACUGCUGUUUGUGCUCCUGAUUCAGCCUUCUAUGGUGCAGGGACUGGGCAGAUUUUAAUGGAUAAUGUCAAAUGCUCCGGUACUGAACAGUCUCUGACCCAGUGCUCCUACAUUAGCAGUCAUAACUGUUACCAUCAUGAGGAUGCAGGAGUGGUGUGUUCCUUGAGAGUCUUACCUGGAGAAACUGUUCUGAUCAGAUGUUCUAGUGCAUACCGGUGCAAUGGCAACUUACUUCUGUACAGGAAUGGAGUUAACGUGAAUUCAGAGGCUCUUAGUUCCUCCCAGAGCAGUGCUACGUUCACUCUGUCAAAUGUGGCCUCCUCUCACCAGGGCCGCUACACAUGUGCCUACUCCUCCUCCUCUACUCGUAGCCAGCCCAUCAGCAUCACUGUAGUUGAACUACAGAAGCCAAGUCUUUCAUCGGAAACCAGCAAAAAGGUUUCUUGGGGUCAGUCUGCCCAGAUGAGGUGCUCCAUCUCCACACAGCACCUGGGUGGUACAUUUACCCUACAGCAGUCCAAUGGGUCAUUUACAGAGACCAAGACAGCCAUUGAAAGCUCUGCCCUCUUCACCAUUCCUCAAGUGGACUUUACCUCUGAAGGCGUCUACUACUGCAAGUAUAGAACAAGGGUUUCCAGUCGUGAAUUCACAUCCCCUCAAAGUGCUACUGUCAGCCUUUUUGUAAUAGUGGUGCUUGUGCAGCCCAACAUCUCUCUCAGUGCCUCAGAUGGAGGGCUGUUCUGGGGGCCUCAGGGGCCAGAGGUGACCUGGGGCCACAGCCUUUCCCUCAUCUGCUCUACUGAGCCACAGCUCCAAGGAGGCUCCUUCCACCUCAUCUUUGAUGGGUCUAACAGCACCAGGACUCAGCUCGCCAUCAACCACUCAGCCUCCUUCUACAUUCCUGAGGCAGACUACUCCCACCAGGGCAACUACAGCUGUGUCUAUGAGGUCACUGUGUCCAGCCGCACCUUCAAGUCAACACAGACAGCACCACUGACAGUCAUUGUAAGAGGUAAACAUCCAGCACUUAAUUGUCUAUUCAGUAUUAUGUUUGUGUGUUAGUUUUCUUGUUGUUUUCUCUUGUAAUUCCCUGGUCCUUUUCCAGCAUCCCUGGCACCCAUCAUUGCAUCUGGGGUGAUUUCAGGGUUGUUCCUAUACACUGCAAAAAGUGAUUUUCAAGAAAGGAGAAUUUACUUAUUUUGGGGAAAUUAAUCUGGGUUUUUUUCUUGUUUUAGGCACUGAUAGAAAAAAUAUCUUGU